GGGGCUCUGCCUCGAGCCGCUCCUCGGGGCGGUCCCGUGGAGGCUCCGGCGGGAUUGGGGCUGAAUCCUGUCAGCGCGGGGAUGGCUCUGGCCGGGCUCCAGCGGCAGAGUUGGACUCACGGGGGGAAACAGGAGGGGCCCCCCCGGCCCAGGUGCUGGGGGGGGCGGCUCCCCCCGGGGACAUCCGUGUGCCGGCCCACUGUGGCGAGGUGUGUGACGCCAGAAGCAGAGCCGAGCCUCAUAUUUGGGCACGAAGCAGGUUAUUGGAGGCUGUGGCCCCGCAGCUGGGCGAUCCCUCGGCUGAUAAAGGCUCCCCUGGUGCUGCCGCCUGCACCGGCUCCGGCGCUGCCGCUACAUCAUCCCCUGCCUGCGCAGGGGGUGCGGGACCUGUCGGGGAUGGGGCCGGUCGUGGCUCUGGGGCUGCUGCUGUGCCUGCAGCUGUGUGAGGGCUCCGGGCAGCUGCGGCUGGUGGGGGGCGGCGGGCGCUGUGCCGGACGCGUGGAGGUGAAUCACGACGGUGAGUGGGGCUCCGUCUGCGUCUUGGACUUCGACUGGGAAGCCCGCUGGGCCACCGUGGUGUGCCGGCAGCUGGGCUGUGGCCGCGUGGCCUCGUCGUCCCCGUACGCCCCGUUCGGGCAGGGCAGCGGCCGGAUCUGGCUCCAGCCCUACUUCUGCCUUGGCACCGAGGAGGUGCUGGAGGAGUGUCCAAACUUCGGAUGGGGCCAGCACUCUUGUGGCCACAAGCGGGACGCGGGGGUGAUCUGCACAGAGGCCGUGGAGCUGAGGCUGGUGGAUGGUGGCGGUCCCUGUUCCGGGAGGGUGGAGGUGAAGCUGCGGGGACACUGGGGCUCAGUGGGAGAUGACAACUGGGACAUGGAGGAUGCCGAGGUGGUGUGCCAGCAGCUGGGCUGUGGCUCGGCCGCUGGCGCCUACGCCGCCCGCAACCACUUUGGCACUGGGGCCGGGCCCAUCAACCUGGCCCUGGUGGACUGCAAGGGGGACGAGGCCACACUCUGGGACUGCGAGAUCCGCGGCUGGGGACCUUAUAGGAACAACCACGACUAUGACACCGCCGUCAUCUGCCAAGGGUUUUCCCGGCUGGUCGGAGGUGACAGAGCCUGUGCCGGGCAGUUGGAGGUGCGGCAGCGCCAGGCCUGGGUUGGCGUCUGCGCGGAGCACGUGGACAUGAAGGUGGCCCAGGUGGUGUGCCGGGAGCAGGGCUGCGGCGCGGCGCUGGCCAUCCCCGGCAGCGGCCGGUUUGGGGCGGGAACGGGGCCGCUGUGGGAGGGGGGGUUCAACUGCACCGGCAGCGAGCCCCUCCUCAGCGCCUGCGCCCGGCGGGUGCCCCACAGCCAGGGCUGCGCUGGCCAUGCCACCAUCAUCUGCUCCCCCUACACGGGCUUCCGGCUGGGGAACAGCAGCUCGGGCUGUGCCGGGCGGGUGGAGGUGGCGGUGAGGGGCACGUGGGGGUCCGUCUGCGCCACCGACUGGGACCUGCCCGAUGCCGACGUCCUGUGCCGCCACCUGGGCUGUGGCCACGCCGUCACCGUGCCCCCGGGAGGCUCCUUCGGCAGCGGGGACGGGCCGCUGAGGCCGGACGCCUUUGGCUGCAACGGGAGCGAGCGGCACCCGGGCGAGUGCCCCGUGGCGGUGCUGGGGGAGCCCCCCUGCAGCCCGGGGAACGCUGCCGCCGUCAACUGCUCAGGUCUGUGUGGCACCUGUGGGAAGAGCCUCCAAGGGCUUUUGGGACACCCCAAGAAUUGGGAGCGGAGCACUCAGGGCUGUUUUGGGAUGAGGGGAGGGCUGAACCAGGUGCCACAGCCCCACGGCACUGCUGGUGAUUUUUCAGGCACUGAAGGCACCGUCAAUUCCGUGCGGCUGGUGGAGGGUGAGAGCCGGUGUGACGGGAGGCUGGAGGAGGCCAUAACCACCCCAGCCUGGCGCCGUGUGCCUGUGGAGCAGUGGAAGAGAUGGGAUGUCGACAUGGUGUGUGCUGUGCUGGGUUGUGGCCUGCCAAAGGAGAUCUACACAGCCUUGGGUAUGGCACCCACUGCACUGACCAGCAGCGCCAGGGAGGUGGAUGUCAUGACGGAGGAGACAGAUGUCGUGACAGAGGAGGUGGAUGUCGUGACGAGGGAAAUGUACAACAUCUCGGGGAUGGGCCCUGAGCUGACCAGGAGCCUCGAGGAGAUGGAGGACGUGGCAGAGGAGAUGUCUGAUGUCUUAGGGAUGGGCCCUGCACCAACCAGCAGCCCUGAGGAGAUGGUCAUCGUCUGCUCAGGCAGCCGGCGGGUGAGGCUGGCGGGCGGUGCCGGGCGCUGCGCCGGGCGCGUGGAGGUCUAUGCCGGUGGCACCUGGAGCAGCGUGUGCCAGGAGCGCUGGGACCUGCGGGCCGCCGCCGUUGUGUGCCGGGAGCUGGGCUGUGGCGCGGCACUGGAGGCCCCCGGCUCGGCGCGCUUCGGCCCCGGGCCGGGGACAGCGUGGCCGUACGUGGUUGAGUGCGCCGGGAACGAGGAGUCUCUCUGGGAAUGCCCACGCUCGGAAGGGCGCGAGUGCGAGCGCGGGGCCGGGGCCGGGGCCGUCUGCUCAGAGCAGCUCUCCCUGCGGCUGGCGGGCGGGCGCGGGCGCUGCAGCGGGUACCUGGAGCUGCUCCACAACGGCACCUGGGGCCGCGUGUGCGCCACCGGCACCAGCCCCGGCACCGCCGCCGCCGUCUGCCGGCAGCUGGGCUGCGGGGACGGGGGGCAGCUGGCACCCGGCCCCGCCCAGCAGCCGGCCCCCGCCUGGCUGGCCUGGGUGGGCUGCGAGGAGGGGGCCCGCUCGCUCUGGGGGUGCCCCUCGGCACCCUGGCACCUGCAUUCCUGCGGCCCCGGAGGGGACGCCUACGUGGCUUGUGCGGAGGACAGUGACAACCCCAGCGAGACAGCCACCACCCCGUGCCCGGACGGGGCCACCUGCACAGCUGUCCCCAGCAGCAGCGGCCCUGCGGUGGCCAGGGGGACUGUGCCGGUGCCAAGCGGGCAGGUGGCCAGGGGGACUGUGCCGGUGCCAGUGGUGCUGUGUGUGGUCCUGGGGACGCUGCUGUGCCUGGCCCUGGGCGCCCUGGCCGUGCUGAUGUGCCGUGCCCGUGCUUGGCGCCGAGGCCCCGGCAGAGCCGUGGGUGCCAUCCCCGACGCCAUCUACGAGGAGCUGGACUACAGCGCGAUGCCGGAGUACCAGGAGGUGCCCAGUCGCCCAGGUUCCCCGCGGGAGGGCUCCGUGAAGAAGCUGCUGUGUUACACCGGGGACAGCGUGGAGGGGAGUGACACCGGGGCAGCCCCAGUCCCAGCCCCCCCUGCCCUGCCUGGGCACAGAACCCCAGAUGGCUACGACGAUGCCACAGCAGGAACCUCGGAUGGCUACGACGAUGCCACGGCUGGGACCCCGGAUGGCUACGACGAUGCCAUGGUUGGAACCCCAAAUGGAUACGAUGAUGCCAUGGCUGGAACUUCGGAUGGCUACGACGAUGCCACAGCAGGAACCCCAGAUGGCUACGACGAUGCCAUGGUUGGAACCCCAGAUGGCUACGACGAUGCCACAGCUGGAACCUUGGAUGUCUACGACGAUGCCACGACCGUGCCAGAGGAGUCCCCCGCUCCCAGCACUGGGGACAUCUCCGAGGGGGUGGCACAAAGGGGCUGGAUCUGUGUCCCACCCACAGUGGUGCAUUCCCCAGCAGUCCCACGGCAGCUCUUGGGCAGUGCAGCUGCCAGAGGUCCCUCUGGACUGUGGGACGGGCAAAAACUCCAAAUAAAAGCACGUAUGCAGAUUCUGAGACUGUUACAAAGACAGGCGAUGGGACAUGGAAAUAACAUCUCUGUUUUGGAUCAUGGUGUGCUCGAGCAGGCCUGGCAAGCAGACUUUUCAGCUCGCGUGGUGAUGCCUAAAAAGCCAGCCAUCAGGAUAUGCUGGGAUUGCUCCUGCUCCUCCUCUGCUGCUGGCUCUGACUCGGUGGCACAUAAGAAGGAUGACCUUCAGUGACGUGCCUUUAAUCUAAGAAAGAUGAGUAAAAAAAAAUAAAUCACUGUUCAGUCCUGUUGCAUGAAGGUAAAGCACUGCUCCCAGGUUUGCAAGGUGUAAAAGAUGUGCUUCUGCAGGAACUCUGGUUAUACAGAGCAGAGAGGGGAAAGACUCUCUGGCUCAGGAUUAUUUCUCGAUGAUGUAGUUGCUUUAAGUGAUUUGCAGGAUGAAGAGAUAGUCCUCAGGUGUCCUCAGAGGCAAAAACUGGAAUCAAGUCAAGGAUGCUGCUGGUCUGCUGCUGUUUCUUUCCAAGCUGCUUAAUGGCACUCAUUAGGUUGGCUUGGGCUGAUUGUCAAGGGGGAAGUAGAAUUGCCAGAGGGGGUAUUUGUUUCCUCUUUUAGCAAGGGGAAGGAAAAAGGAAAAUCCAUGUGAUGGAGGUGAGGUCGAUAUUCGAGGCAUUCCACUGGGAUAAGGAAAACUGGAUACGACAGUGCAAGCCCCAUGGGUGCUCCCAAAAUCCCUGCAGCUGGAGAGAGGGGGGAGACUCCUGUUUUCUGACCAAAUAACAUGAUGGGAUGCAGUUUCCAGUUGCCCGAGUCCAUAAAACGGAGCAUUUGGGAGCUGUGGGGUUUUUAAGAGAAGCAGCUUUGAUAACUUUUCUAACUCACCACACAGCUCCAUAGCAAAUAACCCAGGAAUAAUUUAAGAUUCUCAUCCCUGACAGUUCUGAGACACAGGUCAGGCAAACCUCCUGGCACAGACUGGGUGUAUGUAUUUAAUCCUGUCUCAGCGCUGAGAAGCUGUCUCUCUUUUGAGGCCCAGUCAAUUGUAGCCUUCUUUUAUUAUAACUGCUGUUCUCUCCCAAGGGAAUUAGGAGCAUCUCCUUUUUUCUUCAAGAUAACAGCAGAUUUUGCAUUAAAAAAAAACAAAACAACAAAACCACAAACCCCUCCCUACUACCAGAAUUGGGCUGUAAAAGAUUUUUUUGUUUGCUUGCUUUUUUACUCCCACGGUGAAUAAACUGAUUUCCAGAAAAUUUCUCAGCAUGCUUAUUCAAUGCCUCUCACCCAUUUUUUUUUUGGAAAAAAACCCAACCAAACAACCUAAAAUGCCCAUUUUCAGCAAAGAAAAGACAGUUUCUGUGUUUUCUUUUGUGGAUGAAUUGAUCUCUCCAUGUCUCUUUUGUCAGCUAUUACCUCUCUGUUGCUGUAACAUCUGGCACAAGAAAGAAGUGCUCUGGUGAAGAAACCACCUGGGAAGAAACCAAGGAUCCUAAGAGAAAACUGUCCCUGACAAAAGGGCCUAUAAGAAACUUCAAAUUAUUGGGGGUUGAGAGAGAAAAUUAGAAGCAGAGUGUGGGAAAAGUAAAUAAGUACUGAAAAGAGAGUGAACUCCGGCAUGAAUAGGUUGUAUACAGAGAAAAAGAUCUGGCCAAGUAACAACAACAACAAGCAAUAAGUUGUUAACAGAUGCUUGAACUUCAUAUUGAAACAGCAGAAGUGUUGAUAUAAUUCUGUUGAUAUAGCUCUGCUGUGUUACUGUUGGCAGAAGAAGUUAGUUUAACUUUAGGGGAAGGGUAAAUUGUAGGCUCUUGUUUAUUUUCUCCGGCUAAAAACCUCUGACUUGACUUUUUACCUGUUUUUGUAGUGAAUUUUCAUCAUACCAUGUAAGUAUGAAAUCAUUCAGACAAACAUUUCACAUGUCAAUAAAGCUGUGUGUGUGUAUA